UAAUGAUUGAUGCGUUGUGACAAGUCAUGUACCUUACUCAUAUGAUCAUAAUGCCCACGUGCUUGUUUGUUCUGCUUUUUCUCACGACAAUUGUCACAGCACGUGAAUCUGUUAAUGCAUAAUUGUUGGAAACCGGUGUCGAAUAAAGGUAUCUACAAUGUUCACAAAAGCCCUGACGUUGUUAGCGGUGUGUAGCCUAUUAAGCCCCAUGGAAUGUUCUUGGCUGGGUGACAUUGGUAGGAAGAUAAAGAGCGGCCUCGAAAAGGUGGGAACUGAAAUCAAGAACGCCGGACAGAAGGUUAUUAACUACGUGGAAUCCAAAGUCUGCGAGGGCGUGUACGGUAUCGUCUGCCCGAAAGCCAUCAAGCUGCUCGGCAAGUUCCUCGACACCGGCUCCAAGGACUUCAAUGACGCAAUCAUCGCUGCUGGUGUAGUCGCCGGUACCAACGCCUGCCAUGUGAAGAAGUCAAAGUGCAAACGCAGCGUUGACGUGGAAACUGUGACGCUAGCAUUUUCUGAUGACGUCAACGACUACGACAUCAACGGCGACAAGCUGGUAGUGUUCGAGGAGUUCAUGUACGCCGUCAUGCGUAGUGUGAACCUUGCAGACCCACAGGAACUUAGGGAGCCGUUUGACUUCGCUGACGCCAAUAGGGAUGGCGUCCUGGAUACGGACGAAUUUAACGGGGCACCGUUUUUAUUCGCACACGCUACCAGGCACGAGUUUGUUGGAAGAGCAACGUAAACUUUGUGACAAUGUAAAGCUCGUAGCACUGUGAACAACAAUUGAAAACGGGCAAAUCAUUCAAUCCGCGUUGCUUGGUCACAAGUUUGUGCAAGCAGCUGUUACAUGUACUUUAGCAUACAAGUUAUUUUUCGAACAGUGGCAAAUUGCUAAGUUUACUGCAAAAAUGCGUUAUUAAACGCAUGCAUGUAAUACAUUAAAAUUUGCAAUACCAUUCUUGUGUACAUUUGAAUGCGGAGCUAUUUUAUUAUUUGACACAAAUAAAGAGAUUUGU